AUGCCAGCUGAAUAUGACAGUGUCUGCAAGUGGGCCUAUGUCUCUUACAGUGGGGAUGAUAUCGUGCGCCAUAAACAAUACCUGGUCUUGUACAAGUUACUAAGAGACUCAGAAGAGGAUAUUCUGUAUGCUGUUACCAUCCAUGUAACUGAUGAAAAUGAGCAUAAACCAGAAAUAAAGGAUUGUACCGAUGAUCGCUCCACUGCUUCUACAUCAGUAGCAAAAUGCUGGCGUGUCCUGGAUAAAGUACAGAUUGGAAAAAUCUCCAAAACCGGCCUGGAAGUGGCCUGCAACCCUCUGUCCAUCAGUUGUGGCAACUUUGUAAAUGUUAGCAUCAACUUUCAAAUAGCGUACAAGAAAGCCCAUAACGGUCAUAAGUACUUUAAAUGCCACCUGGUCCUGACCCACAUUCUGCAGCUCAUACCGGUUAGGGUGUUGAAUGAGCUCUGUCCGAGUAAAUCUGUACGGCAAGAACAAGACACUGAAACGCUGAACAAGCCUGUUCAGCGCAUUGUCCUGUCCGGACCAACAUUCUUAUCAGCUGCUGAGGAAUCCAAGCAAAUGGAAGUGUCUGAGGACUUGAUUGUUGGCAAUGAGACAGCACCAUCCAAAAACAAGUGUAAAGUGGUGGACAACUCAUCACAACCUUUAGAGUACGCAAACACUACUCAGGAAUAUGGACCUAGCGAUAACUUCUCAUAUGGAAUGAAUUAUGCCAGCAAUGUUGUCUUGGACCAGGAGAUGUUAAAUGAACUCAACACUACUACACGCAACCAAGUAACCAAACUUGCUAUGUACUGCAAUGCCAAGGCUCACAUGUACACAUUAGACAAGGUGCCUGAGCAGGGGCUUGAUUGGAGUGUACAAGCAAAAUUUGCAGAUAAGAGCAGCAUCCUCUGCCACGCAGGAGGUGUUAAUCCAGCCAUGGUAUGGGUGACAGGACAAGUUUCAGGCUUAUGGUUCUUUGACAAAACAGGCGGACCCUCCGAGCAUGUAGCAAUAACGCAUAGCAAGGAAGAUGCUGUCCUUGAGAUCUACUCCAUAGCUUGCUGGAGCGCGAUUUGUUUUCCUCAUUGGCAAAAUACACGAGUGCCAGGCAAAAAUACUCUUGUCCACCCCUUCACCGAAGUGUUUGACGCAUGCAAGACAAUCACUGGAAAGAGGAAGAUGGCUACAUAUCCUGUAGCAAAUCUCAAGAAUCAAGAUGUGGUAGUUAUUGAAGCCUGGGUAACCCAUUACAGAAAGAAAGACGGAUUUGCCAAACCUGCUCCUGCCAAAGCCCAUAAGUGGGUGAACUGGGUGGCCAAUUUUGAGCUGCAGAGUGUUUUGUUAUUAGACCGGCCGGAGCACUCAGGAAAUGCAGACACCGUGGAAGACACCACAGUUGAAAUUUAG